GUGGUUUUCUUACCACAUGGAAAUUUCUGGACUUUCCAGAUAUUUCGCUGAAGUUUCUUCGUGAAAUGUGUGUUUACGUGACCAUCGGCAUUGUCAGCUGGUGGGUCCAUCCGUCUUUCAUCGAACGACCUGUGCAGUAGCAUCGUGACCUGUGGGCGUUAGAGCGUCUAGCAGAGCUUUGUUGUCCCAUUUGGGAGUCGCGAGUCAGGAGAAACGCAGAUGCAUAAUCACACUGUCGGCCGUCCCGAGAUGGUGUUCGAAGGAGAGCUGCCGAGGGCCUUCCCAAGUACGUGGCUGCCGCCGGCGCCGUCGUGGGAAGCGGGUCCGCUUCGAUGCCCAUCUCCUCCCACCGAACCAGUGCCCGACGUCGAGCGGAGGCCCGUCGGAUGCUGCAGGGGCCGGAAACGCCCGCAUUCGCCCGACGGCCUCGGACUCGAGAGAUGCACGAAGCAGGUGAUCACGGAGGACCGGGUCCGCAAAGAGCUCGGCGAUCUCAGCCUCGACGAGAGGGAGAAGAGGGUGUUCGCAGUUGCCGGACUCAAGGAACUCCUGGAGCGGAUGAAGGAGGAACCCGUCCUGCCUCGGCCUCUUCUGGACGCCAUGACCAAGCCAAACGAGAGCUUAGCUGUUGUCCUCUGGAAGCCUCCUUCACAAACCAGUGUGGUUGACCUCAUUCGAGAGAGGCGGGUCCUUCACGACUCUCCCGACGUUACUUGUGCUGUCCAGAAAAAAAUUGAAGUCGAAGUUGAAGUUGGAGAUGAAGAGGAGGAGGAACUCAAAAACGAUCAGGAAACUAUCUGCGUGGGAGACAUAGAAACGGAAGAUGAUGGGAGCAUGGACUGUUCGUGAUAUUCCAUCCGUGUUGUAAGUUUCAUUGAGAGACAAUAGAUCUCCAUUCCUGAAGGAGCUGCAGAGAGACGGCCGACCCCCCACAGAGUACGACCACGAUUGGCUUCCCGUCGGACAGGGCGACCUUGCUCGCCUCCUCGUACAAACCAGCCAGUGCGGCGCCACAUGCCGGUUCCACGAGCAUUCUGUGUUCAUCUGUGCCAGUGGACAGUGAAUGUGGCAAUAUACUUCUCAGAUUCUCACUUUUCUACUUCUAUGGAAUAAAAAUGUCUCCAACCAGCAAAGCGCAAGAUGGCCGUCAGUGCCUGCUUGUCUGAAACGAC